CCCGAGUCUGGGGAGACCGGCCGGGCCGCAGGAUCCGGGGGCGGCGGCGCCCCACUCGGCCUGGGCCUCGCCCCUGCCCGGCCAGCCGCGUCCCCUCCUUCCCGCGACUCGCCGCUUCGCACGCUCCCCCCCUCCCCGCCCGCACACACCGGCCCCCUCCCGCGUCCAGCCCGCGCUCCCCACCUUGUAAAACAAAGCCGGCGAAGAUGCCCGCCCGCGCCGCUGGGAGCGCGCAGCCCGCCUCGGAGUGAGAAUGGCGGCACCUGACUUGCUGGAUCCAAAAUCUGCCGCUCAGAACUCCAAGCCGAGGCUCUCCUUCUCCACGAAGCCCGCCGUGCUUGCUUCCCGCGUGGAGAGUGACACGGCCAUUAAUGUGAUGAAAUGGAAGACGGUCUCCACUAUCUUCCUGGUGGUCGUCCUCUACCUGAUCAUCGGAGCCACCGUGUUCAAAGCCCUGGAGCAGCCUCACGAGAUAUCACAUAGGACCACCAUUGUGAUCCAGAAGCAGACGUUCGUCUCCCAGCACGCCUGUGUCAACACGAGUGAACUGGACGAGCUCAUCCAGCAAAUAGUGGCAGCAGUGAAUGCAGGGAUCACACCUUUAGGAAACACCUCCAAUCAAAUCAGUCACUGGGAUUUGGGAAGUUCCUUCUUCUUUGCUGGCACUGUUAUUACAACCAUAGGAUUUGGAAACAUUUCCCCACGGACUGAAGGAGGGAAGAUCUUCUGCAUCAUCUAUGCCUUACUGGGGAUCCCUCUCUUUGGUUUCUUGUUGGCGGGGGUUGGAGAUCAACUAGGAACCAUCUUUGGGAAAGGAAUCGCCAGAGUGGAAGACACAUUCAUAAAGUGGAAUGUGAGUCAGACCAAGAUCCGUAUCAUCUCCACCAUCAUCUUCAUCUUGUUUGGCUGCGUGCUCUUUGUCGCCCUGCCUGCUGUCAUAUUCAAGCACAUAGAAGGCUGGAGCGCCCUGGACGCCCUGUACUUCGUAGUCAUCACUCUGACCACCAUUGGGUUUGGCGACUACGUUGCAGGUGGCUCAGAUAUCGAGUACCUCGACUUCUACAAGCCUGUCGUGUGGUUCUGGAUCCUCGUGGGACUCGCUUACUUUGCUGCCGUCCUCAGCAUGAUCGGAGACUGGCUCCGAGUCAUCUCCAAGAAGACCAAGGAGGAGGUGGGGGAGUUCCGGGCCCACGCGGCCGAGUGGACAGCUAACGUCACGGCCGAGUUCAAGGAGACGCGGCGGCGGCUGAGUGUGGAGAUCUAUGACAAGUUCCAGCGGGCCACCUCCAUCAAGCGGAAGCUCUCGGCUGAGCUGGCCGGCAGCCACCCCCAAGAGCUGACCCCCUGCAGGAGGACUCUGUCCGUGAACCACCUGGCCACCGAGAGGGAGGUGCUGCCACCCCUGCUCAAGGCCGAGAGCAUCUACCUGAAUGGGCUGACCCCACACUGCACCGGCGAGGAGAUCUCCGUGAUCACAGAGAACAGGAAGUAGGCCUGGGGGCGGGGGGUUGUGGGGUGGGGUGUGGGGCCUGGCGAGCCCGGGGAGGACACCUGUGUUCUGUGAGACUGCUGCCGGCAGUGCUCUGAAGACGAAGGCGGCCUAUGAGCUCCCCCGGGAGUGUGGGACUCUGCGCCAGCACUCUCUCUGCGGUCUUGACACCUGACGAAAGGCUGCUUUCUUGGACAACUGGAAUCGCACUCGCUGUCGAUGCCUUUCUGGGCCCAGACUGUUUCCCCUGCUCCUAAUGGUCACACUGGGGCCUCCAGGUGAAUCUUGCUCUCUUCCCUGGCUAAUGUAGCUUCACAGAAUCAGUCCUCAAAACCUUUCAGGGGUCUACCUACCUACAUGAGCCUAGAUAGGGACCAUUUUUGGAGGACAGCACUUCUUUCUUUAUUCCUUCCUGUCUUUCUUUGUUCCUCUCUUCCUUUUUUAAUGGCGAGAAAUUCUUAUGCAGCCUUUUACCUAAGACAUUCUCUGUCAGUGCCUUAUCUUAGGAAGAAGCAGAACCUCCAACUGAAUUGUGGUUUCUCCCCCCUCCCCCACCCAGCCCCACCCAUAGGCCUCACCCCUGCCAGCCCUCUCUCUCCCCGGCUCCCCACUCCCACUGGAACACACUCCCUUGCUGGGGACAGUGUUUGGAACGACUGAAGAGAUGAGGCCCUGAGCAGCACUAGACUUCCAAGUCGACGACAUUGCCGUAGCGCCUAGAAAGCCCAGCGCUGACGGCGCAGCCCAGGAAAGGGGCCGCCUCGGCCCUCUGUCGUCUGCCUAUUUAUUUGACUCUGGACCCCGCGGUACACACAGACCCGCCAUUCUCACCCAACUGCUCCCCGACCUCCCCAGUUCCCCAGCGGUAUUUGGAGUUUAUUUCUGACUAGUAACUACCGAUAUAUUUUCAAAGGCGGCAUACAUUUCAUAUAUACGUGUAUACAGAAGCGACCUGACAGCUGAGAUUGUCACAGAAUAUCACUGGAGGUGAUCCAUGGCCAUUGGUGUGAGUUGCCAUCUGAGGAGGAGAGAGUGGAGCUGUGUGUCCCCAGGAGCACCUGCGGACAGUUGGGUGUGCAGAGAGGCUGAGAGGACUGACUCUCUCUGGUGGCUCUGCCAGCCACGGAGGUCCCACAGCUGUGGGUGGGACUGGAUCCGUGGCCGAGGCCGUGGACCACAGCACAGGGAGCAGUGGGGCUCAUGACUUAGCACAGGGGAGACGCAGGCUGCAGAGACAGCUCAUUUCUGACUCAGAGGAGCCGCUGUCACCGCACAAUAGAGAUCUCCAGAGUGUCUGGCUUCCCGUCUACAUUCUUCUCUCUUUGGAUAGAGAAAGCUGACCAUCCCUUUUGGUCUCAUUCUACACCCGUAAUUCUUUGGAUGCUGCCUGGAUUCAGAUGACAUUUCACAGAGGCGCCCAGUAGACUGUUCCACCCCAUUUUUAUUUUCAUAUAGAGCUGCUGUACAUUGUAUAUAUAAUUUUUAAAAUGCAAGAAAGAAAUGAUUUCCCUAAAUAUUACACUUAUUUUCUCUUAUUCUGGGUGGUGGGGUAGAGUUAUCUGAACGAGUGGCAUUCAGAUUCAGGUCUUUUAAAAAAAAAAUGAACCCAGGAUCUUAAAAAUAAGAUGCAAAAUAGAUACUUAUUUUCCAGAAUUUAGAAGUAUAAAUAUCCAGUUAACUUGUUGAAGGUACUUUUAUAAACUUAGAAAAUUCUAACCAAAAGCGGAGGGUGGCAGGCUCUCUUAGAAAGAAAGCCACACCUACUUCCUCAGCAACUAUGGAGAAGGUUGCAGUGGUGGAAUGCACCGUGUAUGAACUGUGAAUCGUACUGACAAAUAAAGUCUGUGAUUGAAGUCA